AGUUGAACAGAAGACAAAAUCAUGCCUCUCUGCUUAAUGCCAUCACAUGAUGAGCCCUGCAGCCCUUCAUUUAAUCAGGGAGGAGGAAGAGAAGGAGAGCAGUGAAAUAUUAUUCUUGCUUCUCUGAAGAGGUUGGAGGAGCAUUAAAGUUAACCUGUGCUAGAACAGAGUCUGUUCACCUGCAUGUGCAACACAUAUGCUCACUAACACCAUGAAAGGUUUGUGCUGCCUGGUCUUCCUUGGAUUCCUCCUCCUGAACGAAGGGGUUCUGUAUACUACUGCCAAACAGUUUCGAGAUGUGCUGAGCCAUGGAAAAACUUCUUCACAUGUCAGGUACCAUAAGAAGCUGCAUGGCUGGUCUCCUGAUCAAAACAACUGGAAUGAAAAACGUUAUCCAUCUUGGGAAGAAGGAGAUCCCAGAUGGAAUGACUGCUGGAGAGGAGGAAGAGUGGUAGCCAGAUUGACCACUGACAGCCCAGCUCUAGUGGGCUCAAAUGUGUCCUUUGCUGUGAUCCUAGAGUUUCCCAGCUGCCAAAAAGAAGACAAUGAUAGCAACAUAAUAUAUGACAGGAACUGCAAGAAUGAUUCUACAGACUUUCUUGAUGAUUAUGUUUACAACUGGACUAAAUGGAUUGAUGACUGUGGUUGGGAAAACUGUACAAGCAACAAUACCCACCAUGUGUUCCCAGAUGGGAGACCUUUCCCUCAUCAUCCUGGCUGGAGGAGAAGGAACUUUGUCUAUUUGUUUCACACACUUGGCCAGUAUUACCAAAAAACUGCAGGCUCUUCAGCAACUGUUUUCAUCAACACAACUAAUAUUGCCCUUGGCAAACAUCUGAUGGAAGUGCUUGUUUACAGAAGAGGCCAUCGGACAUACGUUCCAGUUGCAACAGCAAGUGCUCCUUAUGUUGUAACAGACCAAAUUCCAUUAUUUGUGAACCUUUCCCAGAAGAAUGACCGCAAUAUCUCAGACUUUAUCUUCAUCAAAGACUCACCUAUUAUAUUUGAUGUCAAAAUCCAUGAUCCUAGCCACUACCUUAAUAAUUCUGCUAUCACCUACAAGUGGAAUUAUGGAGAUGGCAGUGGCUUAUUUGUAUCAAACAGCCCUAUUAUAACUCACACAUAUACACUGGAGGGAAACUUUACUUUUAAUUUAACUGUUCAAGCUAUAAAACCUGUACCUUGUAAGCCAACAACACCUACUCCACCAUAUCCCACUUCAUCAGGGACAAAAACUCCAACUACUACUACAAACAAUACUGCUAUAACUACCAAUCCAUCUGCUAAUCUGGCUUCUCCUACCAGUGCAAGUGUAAUGGAAUACACUCCUGAUGGAGGCUGCCAUAUUUAUAGAUAUGGACACUACAAAGCUGUUAUCUCCAUUUUAGAGGGAAUCCUUGAGGUAAAUAUUAUUCAAAUGACAAGUGUCUUGAUGUCAGUGGCCCAAGCUACAAACACCCUGGUUGACUUCGUUGUUUCCUGCCAAGGGAGUCUUCCUACAAAGGCUUGCACAACAGUUUCUGACCCCACAUGCCAGGUGCCUCAGAAUAUGGUGUGUGAGUCUGUUGAAAUUACUGAUGAAUGCUUAUUGACUAUAAGAAGAGCCUUCAAUGAGCCUGGAACCUACUGUGUAAACAUUACAUUGGGUGAUGACACAAGCCAAGCCCUCGCAAGCACACUGAUAUCUGUAAAUGAAGGAUCAUCUUCCAGGACAGCACAAGGUGUCUUGAUCUCCUUUGGUUUCUUGGUGGUGUUUGUGGUCAUUGUGACUUUCCUUCUUUACAAGAAAUACAAAAAGUAUAAACCUAUUGAAAGAAGUACAGGACAAGCCGUGAACCGUGAAGUACUGAGCGUUUACUUCAGCAAUUUCAAAGCAGUUCUUUUUGGUGGAAGCAAUGAGAGGGAUCCUCUGCUGAAAAGCAAACCAAGAAUUGUUUAAAUCUUUAGUCUAACUUCUAAUUGUACACUGUGUAUGGAUGGGGCUUACAUCUGAACUGUGCUUCAAUGAAUGUCUCUGUUAUAUAAGCACAGGGGUCUGGCAAACUGCAAACACAUGUAGAUUGAUCAAUAAUAUUUUGUGGCCUCUUUCAGAGAAAUUAAAUAGCUGAGAUUUGCUUAUGAUCUGACUCUAGAAAGCAGAAUAAAUUUAAAAAGGUAAAUAUUUUGGAGUCUUAAAUAAAGAUUCCCUAGUGCCAAUGUACUUGCUUAUUCCCCUGUUUGUAUGUAUCUCUCAUUUUUUGUUUUGUGAGAUAGAAAGAUUUGCCUAGUAGCCAUUGUGAUCACUUUGUAAAUCUAAAUUACUAGUAUCAGGACAAUAGACAAAGUAGUGCUACUGCCUUUAGUAAAGGUUAGUUUGACUGAUUGGUCCUGAGGAUUCCGAACUGGCAAAGCAAUAGGCAGUAGUGGGUUGUGAUCCUCCAGAGGAGUAGACACACAUUAGGUCUACAAAUGAGGAUUAGGAUAGCAGUGCUUCAUGAAGUUUAAUAGAAUUCAACUGCAAGAGCUUUUCCCCACUUUUCUCACUUUGUUCCAUCUAAAUAGCCAUACAUUUCUUCCAUUCCCUUCUUCUUUGACUAUUCCCCCAUAUAAAUAAAAACCUCAGGCAGAGUUUUUCCAGCUCCUGCUUUUCCACUAAGAAGCCUAUGAAAUGGUAAAUCCGAUGGAUAAUGUGGCUUUGCUUGCUGCCCUGUGUUAAUUUUCAACUACAAAUCUCCCAUUGAUUUCUUUGUCAAGUGAUCUAGUAAAACCCUGUCUUUUAGCCAGUCACUCUUGUAAUUCCAUACAUAGAAUUUGGGACUGGGAAUUUUACUGUUGCUGUCUUAGAAAUAAAAACAAGAAUGGAAGUGAAUUAUGGAAAGAGAGUCUUGCUUGUGGAAGCAAGAAGAAGGAUCAGGAGAUGAGUAAAUAGCUAGCAAGGGUCUAAACAGGUGAUUUGAUGGAACAAUUAAAAAUGGAACAAAACUACCUCUUUUAGUCUUUUAGAUGGGUGGUUAAUUUCACUCAAUUAAUUUCUGAAAACCAAUCACUGACAACCUAUAUCCUUAGAAUCUGGAGCAUCUUUACAACUUCCUUGGUUCUUGGAGAGAGAGAGAGAGAGAGAACCAUAUUUUGCUAUGCUUUUAGUAGCAGUUGCCUGAUGCCAUAAAUGUGACCCAUCACACACAUGCACACAUCUUUUAAUCAUUUGAAAUUUUCAACAAUUGCUCAUCUGUGACACACCUCUGUGACUAGCAGUUGCUCUCACAACUUGCUCCUUUUUUAAUUCUACUGUGGUCAUUUGGAAAAAACAUGAGUAAAAAAAUAUCAAGUUGGUCACUGCCAUGCUCUUACACAUCUUAUUAUUUGGGCUUGUUGCAGAAAUUACUGGGUGAAGUACUUUGGCAUAUGUAA